CUCGUCACCGGUAAGUAUAUAAAAAGGUCAAAGCAAAGCAAUAAUAAUAGUAAAGUUUGAAUCUUCUUUCUUUUCUCUUUUUUCAUCUCUUAUUCAAUACACAACAUUCUCAUCUUUAGAGAGAGAAAAUACAAAAGAAAAAAAAAAAAACUGUUUUAGUGAGAGAAACUGAAACAGCUAUGGCUUCUUUUGAUACCUUCGGCAUGGACGGAGUAGAAGAGAUUCAUACUUCCUCAAAUCACAGAUCCUUCGAAGAAGAAGACGACGUCGAGAGCUACUCUAACUACGGUUCCUACUCCAACUUCACCACCGGCGGUGGUGAUGUUACCAUCGAUCACGUCACUGCUGCCUCUUCUCCUGAUGUCUUCGGAUUCGGAUCUUCUUCUGCGGAUCCAAACCCUAGCUACUCACAGAGUCCGUUUAGUCCUAUUCAUGUUGAGAACGGUAACGGUAAUAGUUAUAACGGAACUGGAGGAGAUGAUGACGUUUUUGCUUCUGAUGGCCCGAUACUUCCUCCUCCUACUGAGAUGGAACCGGAAGAAGGAUUCGCUCUUCGUGAGUGGCGCCGCCAAAAUGCCAUUCUUCUCGAGGAGAAGGAAAAGAAGGAGAAAGAAAUGAGGAUGCAAAUCAUUGAAGAAGGUGAGGAGUACAUACGUGCUUUCUAUGAAAAAAGGAAGCUUAAUGUUGAGACCAACAAAAAUAUUAACAGAGAAAGGGAGAAGUUAUUUUUAGCCAAUCAGGAGAAAUUUCAUAAAGAGGCAGACAAACAGUACUGGAAAGCAAUAGCAGAGCUCAUUCCUCAUGAGGUUCCCAAUAUUGAGAAGAAGAGAGGCAAGAAGGAUCAAGAAAAGAAACCAUCAAUAACUGUCAUCCAGGGACCAAAGCCUGGAAAACCCACUGAUCUCUCCAGAAUGCGCCAGAUACUUGUGAAGCUGAAGCACACACCUCCACCUCACAUGAUCCCACCCCCACCUCCACCUCCACCGGCAAAGGAUGCCAAAGAUGGGAAGGAUGGAAAAGAUGCCAAAACUGGAAAAGAUGCAGCAGUGAAGAAGGACCCUGUUUCGUCUUCAAAAGAUGCCACUGCAAAUGGUUCAUCAGAUCCUCCCAAAGAUGAGGUUCCUCCUGCUGCAGAACCCGUGGCAACUUCAACUGCCUAAUUGUCGGCAUUACCUUCUUUUUGCUAGUUAUUCAAUUUUAUAUUUGUAUGAUCUUUUUAUCAAUAUUUUAUCUAUUGUCUGGUUGUCUCUUUUUCUCUGCAUGCAGAUCUGACGGUGAGUUUUGUUCUUUGUAUGGUUUACUGCAUAAAUUGGAAUUCGGUUUUGUAGCA